CAGAGAGGUCGAGAGGAAAUAAUUAAACGACCAACUACGUGAUAUAAAUAACGCAUUUUGUAAAUUACUCGUUUGAUUCUCCUAUAAAAGACUCGAGAUUCAGCCGUCUUCUUCUGUGAUGUCGGGUGAGCAGCAUCUUGGUCUCGCUAUCUGAGCCCCAACUGCUCCCGAAAGUUAUCAGAGGCGAAGGCGCCGAUCUACGAAGAGAGAAGGACGAUGGAUGGCGGUUGCGUAAGAGAAGAAGUUUCAGAGGAUGAAAGGAAGUGCAGAGGGGAGCAAGCUAACGGGGAGAAGCCAACUGCCGGAGAAGGCACCAUCCAGGGCUACGAGUCCCUCCAGCAGCUCCUUCAGGCCAAUCUCAAGCCAGAGAUAUUCCAGGAAGUCAGCCGUUUACUUCUGGGGUUUAACUGUGGCAAAGCAGUGGAGCCACUCGGUUUACCUGAAUCUGCAACUCAAGCUUCCAUGCGUUUUGAUUUCGAUUUGAAGGCAUUUAGCUUCAGUGCAGACAAAGAGCUGCUGCGAGAACCCAGAAUUGUUCGAGUUGGUCUUAUCCAAAACUCUAUAGUGCUUCCAACAACAGCACCUAUUUCAGAGCAGAAGUCAGCCAUAAUGAAUAAAAUAAACCAAAUGGUUGAUGCAGCUGCUGAAUCUGGUGUCAAUAUCUUGUGUCUACAAGAAGCCUGGAUGAUGCCAUUUGCAUUUUGUACUCGAGAGAAGAAAUGGUGUGACUUUGCUGAACCCAUCAAUGGGGACUCAACCCAGUUACUGCAGAAGCUUGCACAAAAGCAUAACAUCGUCAUAAUAAGCCCAAUUCUUGAACGGGAUAUAAACCAUGGAGAAACAAUUUGGAAUACAGCUGUUGUGAUUGGAAAUCAUGGGAACAUAAUAGGGAAACAUCGCAAGAAUCAUAUUCCAAGGGUUGGGGAUUUCAAUGAAAGCAACUACUACAUGGAAGGAGAUACUGGGCAUCCUGUGUUUGAAACUGUUUUUGGAAAAAUUGCAGUGAACAUUUGCUAUGGAAGGCAUCAUCCUUUAAAUUGGUUAGCUUUUGGCCUGAAUGGUGCAGAAAUUGUGUUCAAUCCAUCCGCUACAGUUGGGGAGCUCAGUGAACCAAUGUGGCCUAUUGAGGCACGUAAUGCAGCCAUAGCAAACAGUUACUUUGUUGGAUCAAUUAACAGGGUUGGCACUGAGAUCUUCCCAAACCCCUUUACCUCAGGAGAUGGCAAGCCUCAGCACAAUGAUUUUGGCCAUUUUUAUGGUUCCAGCUAUUUUUCAGCCCCUGAUGCUUCUUGCACUCCAUGCCUUUCACGCUGUCGAGAUGGAUUGAUCAUUGCUGAAAUGGAUCUCAACCUUUGUAGACAGCUGAAAGACAAGUGGGGAUUUCGCAUGACUGCCCGCUAUGAGAUGUAUUCAGCAUUAUUGUCCAGUUACAUGAGACCGGAUUUUGAGCCUCAAGUUGUUACUGACCCUUUGCUGCAUAAAAGAUCUUGAUGCAACUUUUUCAGUCAAGGAGUGCUCUUCACUUUCAAUAAACUCGGUCAUGUUUCAGGUUGCUCGUAUUUUCCAUUUUCAUGGAACUUGUAUAUUGCUGCAGAUGAAACUUUAUGGUGAAUAACACAGUUAGAUAAGUGGAUUUUCCGAUGAAUUGUUGUAGCUUCAUGGGGAACGAACACAUGUUGGCAUUCUGCUGAGAAAUAAGCUCUCCACAAAGGCUGGGACCUAUCUAUGUCAA